AUAACCUCCUUAGUUACGGGUGUAGAGCAUAUCAACUUGCUUCCGACAUUGUUUUCCCUUGUUUUAAACGCCGAGUUCUCGACACAGAAUCCUCCAGUCCGCUUGUCAGGGUAGCACAAGAUGGCGGUGCCUUUCUCGAACACGAAGCUCCGUGUGCCGCGGGGGUUCCAGAACCUGCUGGAGGGUCUGUCCAGGGAGGUCCUCAGGAACCAGCCUGACAACAUCCCAGAGUUCGCAGCUACAUAUUUUGACACAUUACUGAAGCAGCGUGACGUUGGAGGCAUCGACCCCUCAGAGUGGGGAGCACAGCAGGAGGACAGGUUCUACAACAACAAGUCCUUCAACCAGCCCAGGCCAGGUUCUCAGGAUAGUUCAGACCAGAUCCAGGCAUCCCAGCCGGGCUCCCAGUCCCCACAGCCAGAGGAGAAGGGGAGCUCCAGGGAAGAGGACCUGGCCGCGGCCAGGAUACAGGCUGGAUUCAGGGGUUACCAGAGUCGCAAGCAGGCGAAAGCUCUGAAGGAGCAAGAAGACCAGGAACAGCCUGCUUCCGCACCGACAGAUGACGGCCCGAAAGCCGACGGGGAAGCUAAUAAACCAGCGGAAGAGGAGGAAGAAAUCGACAUUGACCUUAAUGACCCAGAAGUGGCGAACGCUGCGGCGAAAAUCCAGGCCGGGUUCCGAGGUCAUCAAGUGCGGAAGGGGAUGAAGAAAGACAAACCUGCCGAGGAGACACCUGCAGCUGCUCAGGCCGCACCUGAAGACGCCAAGGAAGAGGCUCCCAAGGAAGACACACCUGCCGAGAAACCUGCAGAAGAAAAACCCGCCAAAGAAACACCUGCAGCUGAACCAGAGGCGAAAAAAGAAGAAGAAGAAGAAAUUGAUAUUGACUUGAAUGAUCCUGAAACAGAGAAGGCCGCCCUGAAGAUCCAGGCUGGGUUUAAGGGCUACAAAGUGCGGAAGGGCAUCACCAAGAAGGAGGAAGAACCAGCCAAGGAAGAACCUGCUAAGGAGGAAGAAAAACCUGCUGAGGAGACGAAACCAGAACCUGAAGUCUCCGAACCGACAGAAGAAAAGAAGGAAGAAAAGAAAGAGGAAGAAGAAGAAAUUGACAUUGAUCUCGAUGACCCGGAAACAGAAAAAGCAGCGAUAAAAAUCCAGGCUGGAUUCAAGGGCUACAAAGCAAGAAAGGGGAUGAAACCAAAGGAGGGAGAAGCUCCGAAAGCUGAGGAGAAGGCGGAAGAAAAACCUGAAGAAAAAUCUGAAGAAAAAGCUGAAGAAAAGAAAGAGGAAGCAGAAACAACAGAAAAACCUGCUGCAGCACAAGAAGAGGAAGAAAUAGACAUCGAUCUGAAUGAUCCGGAAACGGAAAAGGCCGCGAUAAAAAUCCAGGCGGGGUUUAAGGGGUACAAGGCAAGGAAGGGGAUGAAGAAAGAGGAGACACCAGCUCAAGACGCCACCGAGAAACCGGCAGAAACUCAAGAUGCUGAGGAGAAGCCAGCAGAAGAAGCUGAGAAGACGGAAUAGAUCUUAAGACGCAGUUGAAGAGGUUGUUGUAACUUACUACAGGAAUCUUAGAGAGAUGGAGACACCCAGCAAAGUUACUUGUUUCUUGGACAAAAUAAAGAAUUCCAAGAUGACAACUUGACUGAGGAAUGCGUGAAGAGACUCUUUUUACACAACAAAGUCUUUUAUUCAGCCGACGUUUCGGUGACCGCCUGUCACCUUCCUCAGGGCAAUUCUGACUGGUUCACUUUGCACUACAGCAAUGUUAUCUGGAAAUGAAU